AAACACCGAACACUCUCUCUCUCUCUCUGUCUCUCUCUCUCCAUGUAUAUAUUCAUCUUCUUUUUUCUCCUGUCCACCCCGUCUCGUUCGUUGCCGGCGCUCCUUAAGCCCUACCUAUAUCUUUCUGGUUAAGUUAUCAACCUCAAAGUUUGCUUUGGCAUUGACUCCACGCGUGGUUGCUGUGAAUCCGAAGGAAAAGAAGGAAGAAAGCUGAAACCUACCACUCUUUGUUGCUCCGUAACCUUGAGAAUGCUUAAGGAUGAUUGACUGUUGGGAUGUUCCAGUGACGGAUUCAAGUUUGUGUAGAUUUUUCAUUGGUUAUUGUUGUUGCUGACGAGUUGGAUUAUAUUGAAUUUUUAUAGCAAAUGGAUCGGUGUGACACUUCAGGAUUUGUGAGCGGGGGUGGGAUGUACUCUUUUAGAGGCAUCUAACCCUAGUUUUGUAGUUAAUUUCUUCAACCCGGAGGACAGGUGGACUGUGCUUUUGCAAUUGAGAUUUGGUUUGAAUAAGAGUGUUGCAUCUUAGCUAUUUGCUUCAUGGAUGCCAGGUUCCAGAAUCUGGGUUUUGCUGCUAACCCCUCCUUCAGUGCAUUUAAGAAUCUGGGCAAUUCCAUUCGAAGUUGUGGAGCCAGCACAGCCCAUUGUGGUGCAGAUACUACCUUACGACUUGAUUCCCCUGGUUCUUUAAUCCCUUUCUUGUCUGCUGCCAAGGGCAUCAAACGGAAGUGGAGUUCAAUUGAUGGAUCUAUGGACCAGCAAGUUGGGUCUUCACUAUGUCUUCAAUUGGGCCACUCAUCAAGUUCCUCGGACAGCAAGGGGAGUUCAGCAACAGCAUGCACCACGCUGUCUUCGGCCAAAGAAACUGAUGAGGAGACCUCAAUGGAACUUGAAUUAGAUUUCACUCUUCAUCUUGGCAAUGAGAAGACACCCAGCUCAAAGAAAUCUUAUACCUCUAAUCUGAAAGAACUGGAUGUUCAGCCCAAGGUUGAUCUGGAGUUGAGUCUCUCCACCGGGCCUGCUGAAUCUGAUAUCACUAGCGUUCAUCUGAGCUCCACUUCACCUCAGGGUGUGAUUAAGAUGCCACUGUUCCCUGAUGGAGCCUUUCAUAUAGGUGAAGGGCCAUCAUCACCUUGGAAAACUGGACAAUCAUUUUACUCAUUGCCAACCUCACUGACUGUGGACCCUAAUUACUUCCUCAACCAGACCUUUAGAGAAAUCAAGCCCACUCGGAUAUCUCCAGACCUCUCAUCAAGCAUAAUAAUGACACCAAAAAGCACAGUCACCUGUACUUCCGGGAUAACACAACAGCAGCAGCAGCAGCAGCACAGCAGCAGUACAUCAAAAGUAUGCCAGUUCAAGGGAUGUGUAAAGGGAGCAAGAGGUGCUUCUGGACUUUGUAUCGCCCACGGCGGUGGCCGUAGGUGUCAGAAACCUGGCUGUCAUAAAGGGGCCGAGGGCCAAACUGCAUACUGCAAAGCCCACGGUGGAGGUCGGCGUUGCGACUUCUUAGGGUGUACCAAGAGUGCAGAAGGACGCACAGAUUUCUGUAUUGCACAUGGUGGUGGUCGAAGAUGCAGUUAUGAAGGUUGCACUCGUGCUGCUAGAGGGAAAUCUGGACUGUGCAUUCGGCAUGGCGGUGGCAAGAGAUGUCAGAAAGAGAACUGCACAAAGAGUGCCGAAGGCCUUUCAGGUCUCUGCAUUUCACAUGGAGGUGGUCGCCGAUGUCAAUAUCUGAAAUGCACUAAAGGGGCUCAAGGAAGCACAAUGUUUUGCAAGGCCCAUGGUGGCGGUAAACGGUGUACUUUUGAAGGGUGUACCAAAGGUGCAGAAGGGAGCACACCUUUCUGUAAGGGCCAUGGUGGAGGUAAACGGUGUUCAUUCCAAGGUGGUGGGUUUUGCCCAAAGAGCGUGCAUGGAGGGACCCUCUUCUGUGUUGCACAUGGGGGUGGUAAGAGAUGUGCUAUGCUAGAGUGCACAAAGAGUGCAAGGGGACGGACUGAUUUCUGUGUUCGACAUGGUGGGGGCAAGAGGUGCAAAUUUGAAGGAUGCAGCAAAAGCGCACAAGGAAGCACAGAUUUCUGCAAGGCCCAUGGGGGAGGGAAGAAAUGCUCUUGGGGCCAGCCUGGUUCAGAAUUUGGCAUAGGCGACGGUCCCUGUAAGUCACAUGCUAGGGGGAAGACUGGGAUGUGUGCAUCCCAUGGUGCCCUAGUGCAGGACAAAAGGGUUCACGGGGGUGGUAGUCUGGGAAAUAUGGUGCAGGAUUCACAACCUGGCAAACCUGAGAAGAUGAAAGAGGUUGUCUAUGCUGAUGACAUGAGAAUUGAUGUCAUGAACUUGGAGAGCAGUGUUGGCUAUAAUGGUUCUCGUUGGAAACAUUUUGGAGUCCAGCAAGCUAGUCUGCCAGAUGGAGGCGGCUCUUCAGUUAUGAUUCCAGAAGGAAGGGUGCAUGGGGGAAGUUUGCUGUCAAUGCUGGCAGAUAGUUCAGGUCUUGGCUUUGGCAGCGGCAAGAGCAUAGGUGGUGGUCCAUCUGAACCAGAGGAAUCUUACAUGAUGCCUCAGAGGUGGAUGUAAUGCAGUUUCUCUACCUACCCUGCACUUUCAAUUAGGUUUUGGUGGUCGGUUGAGUUCCUCUGCAUAUUGGCGUCCUUUGCCUUUCGAGUUUGUCAAGUGGUUUGGUUAUGAAAAACUGUUUUAUUUCAUUUAUAAAUGGUGGGAAUUUCAGGUGUUGCGUCUUACCACUCAUGUGGCAAUAAACGAAGUCAGCUAGGAUUAGAGUUAGCCUUUGAGUACAGGUCAUUGGUAUUUCUUUGUGAAUAUUUGGCAAUGCCAAGCGAGUUUGGUUCUUGUAAAUAUGUCUAGUGUGAAUCGAUUAGGCACUUUAUUUAGAAUAAGGCUUUUGGUUUAAGAUGGUACAAGCUGUUGCAUACAGAACUGGGACAUUUGGUUUUGUUUUGUUCAGUAUUGAAGUCUCCUAUGUGAAGGUCUGCAUCUCCGUCGGGUUCAGACAGCUGAGCUACAUCUUGGACAAGCCAAUGCAGUCUUCAUGAGGUCAAUCUGGUAUUCGAGAUAACCUAAGCUUAAUGCCAAUUGUUAGGAUUACGAUUUGUGUGUGAAUAGAGGAAGAUUACCUUCUGUUGGAUUACCUAAGUACUCCUUCCAAUUACAGAUUAUUCAGAAAUACAAUAGGCGUGCAAGUGGCAUGUUUAGUUGAUUAAGCAGUAAGUUACUUGGUACAGCUUUUAUGGUGAUUGCACUGGAUUUCAUUUGCCGAAAUAAAACCCU